AUGUCCUAUAUGAGAGCAGACAGCAGCUGGUCCCAGCCAUGGGACUUCAACAGCCUGAUCCAGACAUGCAGCUCCAACAUCCAGAAGAUCAGCCAAAACUGUGACCAACAGCUCCAGCACUACACCAACCAGCUGGCUAAAGAAACCAACAGACACCUGAAGGAGCUGGGCUCUCUGCCCCCACCACUAUCGCCAUCAGAACAGAGGCAACAAAAGCUUCGCAAGGAGCGCUUGAUGAACGAUUUCUCUGCAGCCCUCAACAACUUCCAGGUGGUGCAGCGGAGGGCAGCUGAGAAGGAGAAGGAGUCAGUGGUCAGAGCAAGAGCUGGAUCCAGAGUCAUGGGAGACGGAGGCAAUGUGAAUGAACAGCUGGUUACAUUUGAAAAGGAAGAUGAGUGGGGUCAGAGCCAGACUCACACCGAGGAGCCCGCCAUCACAGAGGAGGACCUGGAAAUCAUCAAGGAGAGAGAGACUAACAUCAAACAGCUGGAGGCUGACAUUAUGGAUGUGAAUCAGAUCUUCAAGGACUUGGCUGUGAUGAUCCACGACCAGGGAGAGAUGAUUGACAGCAUCGAGGCCAAUGUGGAGAGUGCAGAGGUUCAUGUAGACAGAGGGGCCACCCAGCUGCAGAAGGCAGCCUAUUACCAGAGGAAGUCCCGGAAGAGGAUGUGCAUGCUGGCCAUGGUGGUGUCGCUUGUGCUCAUCAUUCUGAUCAUCAUCAUCUGGCAGGCCAUCAAAUGA